GUCAGAUGUACUUCUGUCUUCGCCACGGGAUAAUAGCAUGAUUAUAACGAAGAUACUAUGAGACAUGUUUUGAUGAACAUACGGUGAAGAGGGGACAAAAAUUCUUAUAAAUUCGCAGAUCUUGCCCACAAUCGACUAUAUAUUAACUUGUCUAGUCUCCCGUUUCUCGUCUGGACUCAAGUAGCUCCCUCCACCCAUUAUGCUUAUUCGUCACUUGACCUGUGCUCUACUGCUCGCGAGAGCCGCAGCAGCCCUGACUGCCGACAAAAACUCCCAGCCAUUCACGGAUCUAGAGAAGCUAAUCGAACAGGCUAGAUCGACACAGGAGCAUAUCUUGGAUGAUAGAGCUAUUGCGACUGAGAAGAGGGGAGAAAUAUGCACUCGUGAUAACCUCACGGUGCGUCGCCCAUGGGGCUCGUUAAGUAAAAAUGAGCGCAAGGCUUAUACUGACGCCGUACUCUGUUUACAAUCAUUGCCGGCGAGAACUCCUGCUAGUGUAGCUCCUGGCGCUAAAUCGCGGUAUGACGACUUUGUAGCAACUCACAUCACCCAGGCGCUACAUAUCCACUACACUGGAAUUUUCCUCGCAUGGCAUCGGUGGCUUGUGUAUAACUACGAGCAGGCCCUCAAAAAUGAAUGCGGCUACAAAGGCUCUCAGCCGUAUUGGAACUGGGCUUUAUACGCGAGCGACCCGGCCUCGUCACCAAUUUUUGAUGGCAGCGCGUAUAGCAUGUCUGGGAACGGCAAAUAUGUGCCUAACAAAGGUAUUAUAACCCUGACUCUCGGGGACUUUCCUCCAAUAUACCUACCUGCUGGCACGGGAGGAGGAUGUGUUACAUCUGGCCCGUUCAAGAAAAUGCAAGUAAACUUGGGUCCUGUAACCCUUCCCCUAAAUAAUGGCUCAGUCUUGACGGGGACUGGAUUGGAAUAUAACCCACGAUGCUUGAAGAGGGAUAUCUCCGCUAGAGUUAACUCUGCAUAUGCAAAUGCUACCUCCGUUAUCAGUCUCAUCCUCAAGAACAAGAACAUUGGAGACUUCCAAAUGGUCAUGCAAGGUAUUCCUGGUUCUGGCUCUAUCGGUGUACACGGCGGUGGUCACUACACUAUGGGUGGAGACCCUGCCGACGACAUCUUCGUCUCUCCCGGAGAACCAGUCUUCUACCUUCACCACGGAAUGAUCGAUCUAGUAUGGUGGAUAUGGCAAGCUCUGGAUUACAAGAAUCGCCGGGACGCCAUCUCAGGGACAGGUACUUUCUUGAACAGCCCACCAUCACCCAACACAACUCUCGACGACAUAAUUGACCUUGGAUAUGCCGGUGGUGGCCCGAUCACAAUGAGGGAGUUGAUGAGUGUCCACGAUGGACCGUUCUGUUAUACGUAUAUAUUAUAAGCGAGCUACGAUGAGCAACGGUUUAGAAAUUGUCAAAGAGAGGAGUACCGCCGUCUCUUCAACGCUACAGCUUAGGAAUUACCUAGCAUGAAUAACGACGUAUUAGUGAUGAAUUUUAAGCAAUUGUGGGAAACACACAGUUAUUAACAGUAACGUUAAAAGGCCAGGUAAAUUUUAAUAAAAGGCCAA